GUAAAAAAAAAAACACAAAAAAAAAAAACCCCAUGAAAAGCUCGCACACUACAGAAAGAGAACGGCUAGUGUCCCGGGACACAAAUCAGCACAAAUAAGUCAGGAUGAAUUUGUAUUAUUCCAUGGUAUGCUGUUUCUUGUUCUUUACUUUGAUUUGUGGAGACUGUAUUCCCGGAAUGGAGCAAGAUGUCUACUUUCAAGGAGGAGACCAUGGUUCUGUCUUCGCUCCAGAUGUUGAAUAUUGCCAGGUAGCCUGCACCUUCAGCCCACGGUGCUUGAUGUUCUCUUACUUACAAGCAAGCUGGCCAAAAGAAAAUGAAAGAUUUGCAUGCUUUCUAAAGGACAGUGCUACACUGACACUACCAAAAAUGCCAUUACCAGGAGCAGUGUCAGGACAUUCCCUAAAACACUGCACAAAGAAAAUAUAUACCUGCAGGGAUAAGAUUUAUCCUGGACUUGACAUGAUGGGAACAAACUAUAACAUUUCGAAAGUUAAGAAUGUGGAAGAAUGCAGGGAGCGCUGCACCAACGAACAACACUGCCAGUUCUUCACCUAUGUUACCGAGAAAUUCUACAGCGUACAGCUCCAAAACAUGUGCUACUUCAAAUAUUCCGGCAAAGGAAUGCCCACAAAGAUAAGGCAGCUGGCCAAUGUAAUUUCCGGCUUCUCAUUAAAGUCUUGCGGGAAAUCUUCCCUAGGUUGCCGAAGAGAUCUCUUUCAGACAAUGGAAUUUUCUGGGGAUAGUCUGGCAAGUGUUAUUGCCCCUGAUGUGAACACAUGUCAGAAGAUUUGCACAUUCUAUCCAAACUGUUUAUUUUUUACCUAUAUAACAACAGAAAGGAAUGAACCAUUGCUAAGAAAUCGUUGCUAUAUAAAGACAUCGAAGAGUGGGAUACCGACUGCAGUGACAUACACAGAGAAUGUUAUAUCCGGAUUUACUCUCCUACCCUGUCAAAUGACUACUUCAGUAUGCCCACUGUCGGUAACCCCUGACGCAGAGUUUCAUGGUACCGACCUGCAUGUUGAAGAUGUCAGCAGAGACAAGGAUUGUCAGCAGCGCUGUACAAAUAACAUCAGAUGCCAGUUCUUUACCUUCAGAUCACCUCAACCACAGUGUCCUCAAAAUAAGUGUAAAUGCCACUUAAAGAUGUCGUCCAAUGGGCUACCAACUUCUAUAGAUCACGCAAAAGGAUGGAUUUCAGGCUUCUCGUUAAGACUGUGUAAAACCAGAACAAUUGGAGGAUGUGGACAGCCUGUUGAUGUAGAAAGUAGAAUUGUGGGUGGCAGCAACAGCUCAUUGGGAGAAUGGCCUUGGCAAGUGAGCUUGCAUCUCAAAUUAUCUCCUAAUAACAACAAGCAUGUGUGUGGUGGAUCUAUUAUUAGCAACCAAUGGAUAGUAACAGCAGCCCACUGUGUUGAACUAUGGCGCCUACCUAAAAUAUGGAAUAUUUAUGGUGGCAUUGCAAAGCUGUCAGACAUAACUCCAGCUACGCCAGCUUUGGAAGUUGAGCAAAUUAUAAUUCAUCCUGAAUAUAGUGGAGUAGAAAAUGGAAGUGAUAUUGCGCUACUAAAACUAAAAUCACCGAUAACGUACAAUGAUUAUCAACAAGCCAUCUGCCUUCCACCACGUCAAGACUCAUUUGUAACUCCUAAGAUGUGCUGGAUCACAGGAUGGGGAUAUACAGAAGAAUCUGCAAGCAGCACUGCGGAUGUACUCCAGAAAGCAGAGAUACCACCAAAGUCAAGUAAAGAAUGUCAGGAAAGCUACAAAAAGGAAAAGCUAGGCGAUAAAGUUCUGUGUGCAGGAUACAGACAAGGCCAGAUUGACUCAUGUAAGGGGGAUUCCGGAGGUCCACUGUCCUGUGAGGUUGACAAGACAUGGUACUUAAUUGGUAUUACAAGUUGGGGAGAAGGUUGUGCCCAGCCAGACAAGCCCGGGGUCUACACAAAAGUCACAGAAUUUACAGACUGGAUUGUACAACAUACUAAAAUAGUGAUUUGAAAAAACAAUCAGGCCUAUGUAUGGUCCUUUGCCUUUAUUCCUGACUUAUGACACACACUGGGAAUUGUGUCUGGAUCCUUAUUAUGCUGUGUACUACUAAUGCUACUCUACUAGAAAAGGACAACGAUAUACUGUAUGCUAGCAUCCAUUUGGCAGAUUGUAAUUAUUUAGCAAUGAAAUGUUUCAUAGACCAAUUACCUGACUGCUAUUGUAUGAAUUGUGUAUUACUUUUAAAUAUUAUUUAAAGGAAUUACUGUACCCUC